UCGCCCUCUAGCGGCCAGGUCUUGUAACUUCAGCAAAUGACGCCUUUGACGCCAGCGGACUCAGCGGUAUUUGUGUGCGUCUGUCGGUGCAGCGCUGCAGGCAGCAUCUCGCGGCAUCGCAGGGGACCACUGAACGCACCUCCGAAGCCAAGCUACAGGGAAGAAUAGUGAGCUAUGGGGAAGGAGAAGCUCCACAUAAACAUUGUGGUAAUAGGACAUGUCGAUUCAGGCAAGUCCACCACCACUGGCCACCUCAUUUACAAGUGUGGAGGCAUUGACAAGAGGACAAUUGAGAAGUUUGAGAAAGAAGCCGCUGAGAUGGGAAAGGGUUCUUUCAAAUAUGCCUGGGUUCUGGACAAACUGAAGGCCGAGCGUGAACGUGGGAUCACUAUUGAUAUUUCUUUGUGGAAGUUUGAGACCAGCAAGUACUACGUCACCAUCAUCGAUGCUCCAGGACACAGGGACUUCAUAAAGAACAUGAUUACUGGCACUUCUCAGGCCGACUGUGCUGUGCUAAUCGUGGCUGCGGGUGUCGGAGAGUUUGAAGCAGGAAUCUCAAAGAACGGGCAGACUCGUGAGCACGCCCUUCUUGCCUACACCCUGGGAGUGAAGCAGCUAAUUGUGGGCGUCAACAAGAUGGAUUCCACGGAACCCAACUACAGCCAGAAGCGCUACGAGGAGAUUGUGAAGGAAGUCAGCACUUACAUCAAGAAGAUUGGCUACAACCCCGACACGGUGGCAUUUGUGCCCAUCUCUGGCUGGAACGGAGACAACAUGCUGGAAGCCAGCCCCAACAUGACAUGGUUCAAGGGUUGGAAGAUCAACCGCAAAGAUGGCAAUGCCUCAGGUACCACGUUGCUGGAGGCCCUGGAUGCUAUUCAACCUCCUACACGCCCCACAGACAAGCCCCUCCGCCUGCCUCUGCAGGACGUUUAUAAGAUUGGAGGCAUUGGUACCGUGCCAGUAGGCCGAGUUGAGACAGGGAUCCUAAAACCCGGCAUGGUGGUGACGUUCGCCCCCGUCAACGUGACCACCGAGGUAAAGUCAGUGGAGAUGCACCAUGAGGCCCUGACUGAAGCGCUGCCUGGCGACAACGUGGGCUUCAACGUCAAAAACGUGUCCGUGAAGGACAUCCGCCGAGGCAACGUGGCUGGAGACAGCAGGAGCGACCCGCCCCAGGAGGCGGCCAGCUUCACCUCGCAGGUGAUUAUCCUGAAUCACCCCGGUCAGAUCAGCGCCGGCUACGCCCCAGUGUUGGACUGCCACACUGCACACAUCGCCUGCAAAUUUGCAGAGCUCAAGGAAAAGAUCGACCGUCGAUCUGGCAAAAAACUAGAGGACAACCCCAAGUCUCUGAAGUCUGGAGAUGCUGCUAUUGUCGACAUGAUCCCUGGCAAACCCAUGUGUGUGGAGAGCUUCUCUGAGUACCCGCCUCUGGGGAGAUUUGCUGUCCGUGACAUGCGUCAGACUGUGGCGGUGGGUGUCAUUAAAGGCGUGGAGAAGAAAGCCCCGACCAGCGGUAAGGUAACCAAGUCUGCACAGAAGGCACAGAAGGCCAAAUGAACGUUGUGCUGGGCUGCUGCCCCAAACGCUCAACGUGGCCGAAGACGCAACAACCCCCUGCCGCUACUGCACAGCAUAGUCAGCAUCUGGUCUAUUAUCACAAUGCAUCGCAAAAGCCGACGAAGGAAAACAAUUACCCACCCCGCUGUUAGUGAUUAACAUGGUGAUAUGUUGGUUUUAUUGUGGCAGAAUAAUAACUUUGCAUUAUUACUAUUGUUGUGUCCUGUUAAGCUGCUCAUUGCACUAGUCAACAAACUUAGCUGCUUACCGCCAGUAAUGAGACAAGUCUAUCAUGCAAAUAUUGCUCUGUGUUCUAGCGUAGACGAGAAUAGCUAGAGGUAGUUUGACUGCUUGCAUGUUUCUAUUUUCACCUUAGAGGCGUCCGAUACUUCAUGAGCAAUUUGCUUGACUGACUCUGUAGCAGUAGCUCUGUUAAAUGUUCCAGUUACUGUUCAGCCGAUGCAGCCUAAUAACAGUUGUUUGUGAGUUCAUGAAAGUAAAGAUGUUUAAACAGUG